ACCAAAUAUUAACCCGCGUUGUUCAAAGAAUGUAAAAUGUAGACAGAAAUGAGUUUCCGCGAAAAAGCAAAUCUUAAUAGUGCCCAAGCAUUUUUACAUAGGUCGAAAUCUUUAUAUGAUGGGACAAAGUCAACUAUGCGCUUGUCUAGUCUAACAUCAAAGCUACGUACUGUGUCUGAAACAUUGGCAAACACAAAUCCUUUUAGUGCCAGACCACAGAAUAAUAGUAUCGCUGAAGAGGAUGCAAUUGAUAUUAAACAAGCAGAAGGAAUUAAGAAAGUAAAAAGACGAACUCGUAAACGAAUCACAUCCACAAAUGAAUCUUCUACAAGUGCAAGUGGAAAUCCUGACAAACUGGAUAGGAGAAAAAGAAAAAAGAAACCAAAAUGUGACUGUGCAAAAACUGAUAAACCAGUGAAAAAUAUCAUUACACAACAAACUACAGAAUAUGUUGUUCAAGAAGGUGAUUCACUCAAUAGUGUAGCAGCUCGAUUCGAUCUAACUCCUUCAGAAUUGUGUCGUGUUAAUAAAUUCUUAUCUCGAACAUUAUUUGUUGGUCAAGUAAUCAAACUUCCUUUUAAUGAAAAAGUAGCAAAUAUGACCGUUGAAUCAACUGACAAACUUAUUGAAAAAAACGAUUCCACUAAUACAAAUACCGAAAAAAUUCAACAAUCCACAACUGAAACAAUAUCAUCAGCAAAAAGUCCUCUCGACCUUGAAAAAGGCUUUGUAAAAGAAGAAAUUAAAUCAAACAGUCUACAAUCAGUCGAUUCAUUAACCUCAUCGGUCAAUGAAACAGAUACAGAUGAACAAGAUUUGAAUGAAUCAUCUACAUACAGUGAAUAUACAGAUUACGCAGAUGAAGAAAACGAUCCAAUGGCAUGUCAAUAUUUAAAAUUUGACUGUAAAUAUGUUGUUGAUUUGCAAAAUUCUGUUCCUGGAAUAAUUUUGGUAACUACAAAUAUGUUUGUAUUUAAACCGUAUGACGAAGAACAAUAUCCAUUGGAAAAUCAUUGUAAACAAAUCCCAUUAAAUCAAUUUCGUACAAUUGCAGUCUACAGAGAUCCAUCUGUUAUGUAUUUUACAAAACGUGAAGCGCAACUUUCUUCAAGUUCAGACAAUGUGCUAAUUGAUUGUAAUGUUGAAGACUCAGCAGAACAAACACCCAGUGUAAUUAUUACAAAAGAUGAUAAGUUAUCGAAUCCCAUUGAGAUUAAAGAAAGUACAAAUCAAUUGAAUUCAAGUGAAAUUGAACAAAAAGAUAUUGAAAAUAUGAUUAUAACUGAUGAUGAAGAGAUACAGAAUAAUUCAUCUGCUUCAAAUAUGAAAUGUGAUUUAGAUAAUAAUCCAUUCUAUUUAUGCAUAUUAGCAUCUAUGAAUUCAAUGGAAAAUAACAGACAUAAACGACAUCCUCAUUGGUUUACAAUUCAAUCAGAAGAAUAUUGGUUUAUAAUACCAAAUGAAAAAUCGAAAAUUCUCUUGGACUUUCUUUUAACUUGUCAAUUUCACGGACAUGAAGAUGAUAUUGAACAGUGUACAAAUAUGGAAUCUAGUCAAUUAUCAAUUAAAAGUACUGAAAUUAAGGCUACAAAUAAAAUUAGUACAAUCACUAGUAAACUACACUCUAAAUCAUUGGGAAAUUUAUAUUUUUUUAAAUCAUCUAUUAAAAGUCCCAUUUCAAGUGAACGUUUAUGUUUAAAUGAUGAUGGUAGUGAUGUUGUUGUGGAUAAAUUUGAUGAAAAAACACUUCAUGAUCAUCAUCAUCAACAUCAACAUCAUAAACAUACUCAUUUGCAUCAUAAACAUUAUCAUUUUGUAGUUGUUCCAAGUACAUUCGAUUGGGUUCUACCACGUAUCGGUACUUCCGAUGAUCAUUCUCGCUCAUUAGUUAUUUUGAAAAAUCAACAAAAACAUGCAUCUAUUACAAAAGAUCCACCAAAAAUAUCACAUGAUCAAAUUGAGUACUGUCAACCAAAUGAAUUGGAAAAACCGAAGAGUGCACAAGAAUCAACUGCUGGUUCUUCGUUUAAAGAUACAACAGAUAUUGACAAAUCAAUAGAAAAAUAUGAUAGUAUACCGUCUAUGGAAGAAGAAAAAGCUGCAUUGAAAUUAUUAAAACGAGAAACUGUCGACUGGGAAUUGGUUAGUUCAAAAGAAUUAGAAUUGAAAGAUUUAGAAGAGGAGAAAAAGAAACAAUUCAUAUUUGAUUGUAUAAAAUUAGCUGAACCAGAAUUAUUGCCAAUACCUACGGCAACAUCAAACAGUGAAAUUUUCAAUGUACAAAAAGUUCGCGAUCUUUUACAAAAUUUAACUCCUGACGCUGAAGGUUUAGAUUGGAUGCUAACUUAUAGUACUUCUAUGCAUGGAUUUAGUCUGAAAUCAUUAUAUCGUCGAUGUGCCAAUAGUUUGACCGAUUCAUCACCAGAUAAAUCAUGUACAAAAAUGAAAUAUACACAUACAACCAAUUCGCCGCAUGCUGCAAAUCAACCAUGUAUAUUAAUCAUUCGAACAUCAACAAAUGAGAUAUUUGGAGCAAUGCUUAAUACACAUCCUUAUCCUAGUAAUGGUCGAUUCUAUGGCAAUGGAUCAUGUUUUGUAUUUCGAUGGCUGAAUACAAAUGAUUUAAAAGAUGAUCAAGUAAAGGAGAAAAGUGAUAAUAAUAAUAAUAAUAAUUCACCGAAUGAACAAGAUUCAAUCGCUGUCUCAUUGGAUUCUAGUAAUAAAUUGAUGAAUGUUGCAUCGGAUAUGAAUCCUGCAUCAUCAUCGUCAUCAUCAUCAUUACUAGUGAAAAAUACACAUGGUGGUAAAGGCGUAAUUGCACCUUCAUCCUCGUUUACAUCGUUUGAUAUGAAAACUGAACUUGUCACUAAAGAAUUUGCACAUUUAUCUUAUCAUGAUGAAAAAGAAUUGCUUGAACAGAAUAAAAAAGAAACAUUUCAGAAAUUUAUAUGGAGCGGUAAAAAUUCCUAUUUUAUCAAUGGCGGUCAUGAUUCAUUAACCAUUGGAUGUUCUCAAGGUCAUUCAGCAAUUCAACUUGAUGAUGUUCUAUUACAUGGACAUAGUGAUAGUUGUGAAACAUUUGACAGUCCACAAUUAACAUCAACACCAGAUUUCAUUAUUACCGCAUUGGAAAUAUGGUCAUUUAUUUAACUUGGAUCAUUUGUAAAAUGUAGUGAAUUAAGCUAUCCAAUUGUCAACUAUCAACUAAUACAUCUCAUCCAAUUAUUUGUUUUGUUUGUUGAUUUUUUUUCUUUGUUGUUUGUUCAAUCAUGAAUUUGUUCAAUUGUUUGUUUAUUAACGGUCUACUACUACUUACUUGUUCAUUUAAUUAUUAUUGUUGUCAAUUAACUAGCGCAAUUUGUAAAGUCGUAUUAAAAAAGCAACAAACUGUAACUCUUUUUUUUGUGAAUACCCCUUCUUUAUUCCACAAGAUUCAAUGAUACCAAUAGUUUUCAAAAAAAAAAGACAAUGUUAAUAUUUUGUUCUAGAACAUUCCAUCCGUUAUUUCUUACUUGAUUCUAUCUCGACAUUUCUAUUGAUGAUCAUUUGUUUUAAAUUCGAUCAAGUAAUGGUUCAAUAUGCAUUAGAUUUCUUCUUAUUUUUGUUUACUUCUGCCAAUUCUCAUUUAUUAUUAUUAUUAUUAAAAGUUUUUCAAGAAAAUUUAUAUUUGUUGUCUUAAAGUAGAAGAGAUAUUUUUCGUAAUAUUCG